AUGUCUGCCGAAGAUAACAAGUACGACGACCCUAUGUCAGAGUCCGAGUCUGGCGAGUCUUUCGACGGCCAAGACGAUGCGGGCCUAACCGAAGAGAAGCCCUUGAAGUCGGCCCUCAAGAAGUCGACGUUCGCUCCUGGCCCCGCCUACGAGAAGCCUUACCUGCCCCCCCAGACAGAGCCCAAGGACCUCGACGUCAAGACGCUCUCGCCUCUUACGCCCGAAAUCAUUGCGCGCCAAGCCACGAUCAACAUCGGUACUAUCGGCCAUGUCGCUCACGGAAAGUCCACGGUCGUCAAGGCCGUCUCCGGUGUGCAGACCGUCCGUUUCAAGAACGAGCUGGUGCGCAACAUCACAAUCAAGCUGGGAUAUGCCAACGCCAAAAUCUACAAAUGCGACAACUCUGCGUGCCCCCGACCAGGCUGCUACAGGAGCUUUGGCAGCGACAAGGAAGUCGACCCCCCUUGCGAGCGCUCCGGAUGUGAGGGUAAAUACCGCCUGGUCCGACACGUCUCUUUCGUCGAUUGCCCCGGUCACGACAUUCUGAUGAGCACUAUGUUGUCAGGUGCCGCCGUCAUGGAUGCCGCCUUCCUUCUCAUCGCAGCCAAUGAGCCCUGCCCUCAGCCCCAGACUGCUGAGCAUUUGGCCGCCAUUGAAAUCAUGAAGCUCGACAAGAUCAUCAUCCUACAGAACAAGGUCGACUUGGUGAGGGAAGAGGACGCCAAGCAGCACUACGAGUCGAUCCGCAAAUUCAUCCGUGGUACCGUCGCAGCCAACGCACCCGUUAUCCCCAUCUCUGCGCAGCUCAAGUUCAACGUUGACGCCGUGCUUGACACCAUUGUCAACACCAUCGAGGUACCUCCUCGUGACUUCUCCAUGGACCCCCGUAUGAUGAUUAUCCGGUCCUUCGACGUCAACAAGCCCGGUGUGUCUAUCGACGAGCUCAAGGGUGGUGUCGCUGGUGGCUGCAUUCUGCACGGUGUCCUCAAGCUCGGUGACGAGGUGGAGAUUCGUCCUGGUAUCGUGUCCCGCGAUGACAGCGGUGCGCUCAAGUGCACACCCAUCUUCAGCCGCGUCAUCUCGCUCAACUCCGAAACAAACGACCUCAAGUACGCCGUGCCCGGUGGCCUGAUUGGUGUGGGUACACGUAUUGACCCUACUCUGUGCCGUGCCGAUCGUUUGGUUGGUUUCGUUCUCGGCCUCAAGGGCACACUGCCCGAGAUUUACAGCGAACUUGAAAUUGAGUUCAACCUGCUGCGUCGUCUGCUGGGUGUGCGCACUGCCGAUGGCAAGGGUGCUAAGGUGUCCAAGCUGGUCAAGAACGAAGUCAUCAUGGUCAACAUUGGCUCCUCGUCAACUGGUGCCAAGGUCUCUGCUAUCAAGCACGAUGCCGCCAAGCUGGUUUUGACCACCCCUGCCUGCACAAGCAUUGGUGAGAAGAUCUCGCUGUCUCGCCGUAUCGACAAGCAUUGGCGUCUCAUUGGAUGGGCCUUCAUCCGAGCCGGUGUCACCGUGGAGCCCAGCAACUAA